ACAGGUUCCACACCCCUGGCUUAGGCUAUUGCAGGAAAAAGGUAAAAGAUGACCCAGGUUGGUUGGUGGCCAUAGGAAUAGAAAGGAGAGCCUUAAUUACUCAACAACAAAAGAAAAUUAGCUCUGGUGUUGGACUAGGGCCAGGAAUAAGAACAGAUUUGAAAAAAAAGAACAAAGUAACUCAGUGACUGAUACCAAAGAGGAGCUGGACAAACCCAGGGUGAAACAAAGAGGCCUUAGAGUGACUGAUUCUUUAAGCUACACCUAAUUGCAGGAAGAAAGACUGCACAUCCAGGACUUCAGCUGUAGAUCACACCAUGACAUUUCUGGCCACUAGAGCAGAAGAGUGAGUCAGUGCCCUUCAAAAUGUUGAAUGUCAGAGGAAGCCCUGGAAGGGAUUACCAGGUGUGAAGAAAGUGAUGGGGCCCUUGGGGCUUGAUUUUCAAAAUGAAAAUCCUUUAUGCCUCAGUUGGUGAAAGUGGGAGAUUACAUGGGGAGUUGUCUACAUGAGGCUCCCAGGGGCACGUUUUCAUCUCUAGGUAAUACCCAGAAUGUAAGUGGCCUGGAUAAGAUGCACAGAGACAGAUGCACAGAUUAAAACAUAACAGAGUGAGAGAGACUGAGGAACACAGAGAAGAAUGAGGCAAUGGGCAGAGAGACACGGGAAGACAGAGUUGGGAAUUAGGAGAGGAAAUAGUAUCAGAGUAAGACAGACAACAGACACAGAGGAAUGAGACAUUUGGCCAGAGGUACACAUGGGUAGAGGGUGGGAAGGGAGAGACACGGAGACAGAGACACACACACACACAACACACACACACACAGAGAACAAAAGCACUUCUUGGGCUUAAUCCCAAGCUCCCAUUGACACGGAGGAGGAGGAAGAGAGCAGUUCUAGAUAUGCCAGCUGAGGCCCGAGGAGCCUGGGCAGCUUUGCCCACUGAACUGGUAAGAAUUGUGAGCCUUUCCACCAAAGGACUGAUUCCCAUGGCCAGAGCAAUCUGCAUUCCAGACUCCUGGAGGUGGGAAGAAAACAAGAGAGGCUCUGAAUUAAAAGGACAAAGAGGGACAAGAAGCCUCAGAAAAGUCUACAUCACAAAUGCUAAUCCCUGGCCAAAGACAGCUACCAUUCUCUGGUUUUUGUAGAAACAUCACUUCACGGAGCUGCUGUGAGGAAAGUGUUUUGUAAACUUUGAAGCACUAUAUAAAUGUGAUGUGCUUUUUUGAUAAUUAGCCAUUGAGCCCUGAGAAAACCUCUUUGCCCCAGCCUUCUUCUAUGUAUCAAGACCACACAGAAGAUGAGAAGACACAUGGUGGGAAGAGACCUAUCCAGACGAUGGGAGAUAGAGAGGAAGGAUGCUAAGCAAGCUGAAGCCAGGCUUAGCCUAGGACUGCUUAGGCUGGAGGAGAGCUGGCUUUAUCGCAUGAAUAUGGUGGCCAGGGAGCAGAGGCAGCUGCAGAAAGAACUGGAGAAGCUGAGACAGGCAGGCAACUCCAAGAAAAAGUUCUCAUCUUCUGGCAAUGUUUUACUUGGGACUCAGAAGAAGCCAGAAAUUCCUAUCAUUCCCCAACAGGGAGGUCAGAGGCACAGAACUGCUGAACCUCGUGGCAUUAGAAUAGAAACUCAUCUGCUCCAAACUAAGGAAUAUGAAACCUCCAAACCUACUGAGAUACCAAGUUCAUAUCCCAUAGACUUCAUAAAGAACAAAGAAGAGGCAUUUUCUCAAAGCCCCAUGGCCUCCCUUGGAGGUGGACCUAAAGCCCUAAAGAGAAACUCAGUCACAGUCAUUAACCCAUCAGAGGACAGAAAUUCCAGUAUCUCUGCUGACCUCCAGAAGCCUGGAGCCUUCAGCAAAGCAGAACAAGCCCCUGGUGCUCCCCCAGGUGAAAGCGAGGUGAUAGAAAUCAUGGAGGCCAGCCCUAGUGGGGGUGUUGGCCCAAAUCCUGGCAGUCAUAUUGGAAAACAGAAUCCAGGUAGAGAGAUGCCAACCUUUGAUCCCAAGGCCUAUACUCUUUACAGUUACCUUAGGACAGUGGACACAAUGCCAACCUACCUGGAACUCUUUGCAAAGGUCAAGAAUGCCCGCUACCUCCGGCACAGAGUACCGCCUGAAUUUGAGAGGGAGCUCAGCACUGGGGAAAUAUUUGGAAAUGAAGCAUGCUUACAGCCCAGCGAAGGAAGUGAGUCUGAUGACAGCCUAAGCAUUUGAGGGGCCUCUCUGGUCUCGCCUUGGUCUUGCUGGCCAAUGGCAUGAGUUAGGAUCUCUGGCCAGAUGUACCCUUAAAACAUCUUCAGCAGGAAGGAGAAAAACCAAAAACAAGGGGAUGACACAAUCCAAUUUAGAAAUCCCAUACAUUCAUUUCUUCUGCUGCACUACACUAAGAGAAUCAACUAGGAAGACUAAACUUAUCAACUACAUAAAAAAGAAGCCUUCUGAAAAACUAUAAUACUACAUAAAUGCUAAAUAAUGCUCACAAUAAGAACCUACAUUGCGAUCCGUGCCUGAAAAGAAACAUUUUGAUUAGGCAUCCACCAUACCGGUCUUGAGGACCUUCCAGUGCUGCCAUCUACUGGCAAAGUGACAGAACAUGCUCUCCUUAACUUGCAGCCGUAACAUCACAAUAAGCAGUCACUUCUACAGUGCUGUGAUAUUUGCAAAGCGUCUUGCAUGUAUGAUCUCACUGGAAUCUCACAAUAAUGAAGAUAUGAAUAAUACCCCUAUUUUACAAAUGAGGAAAUUGAGGGUCAGGGAUAUUUAAGUGGCUUGUCUACUGUUAUACACAAGUAAGAUUUGAAGUUAGGUCUAUAACAAUGUUGAAUUCAGCAUUCUUUCCACUAGGCCUGAUGGUGAGAGUAGAGCAGGAAGUCAUUACAGGUAGAAAAGACCUUGGAAAGUAUCUAGUCUGUUCUCUCUGGGCAACUGAGGAAAGAGAUUCACAAAAGCAAGGGCCCAAAAUCCUACUGUUGUUAUUCAGUUGUUUCAGUCAUGUCAGACCCCCCCCCCCAUGACCCCAUUUGGGAUUGUCUUGGCA